CUGAAUGUUGAACGGGAACGACUCAGAUCGAAAGUGCUUGCCCAUUGGAACGAAACGCACAAGUAUACGGCAUCUGAGCGCCCGAUCGACGCCAUCCUCUGCCCCGUGUCAGCCACGUUGGCACCACCUCACGAUACGAUGCGUUGGUGGGGCUAUACCUCCCACUGGAAUCUCCUCGACCUACCUGCUGUGGUUUCCCCCCCGUUGGUCAGUUUGACAGCAGCGCGUACCCUGGAUGCACGCAAUGACGUAGAGAAGCUCGUAAUGUAUCAGUGCAACCCGCCCACUUACCACAGUGCACCUAUCUGUUUGCAACUCGUAGGAAGGCGCCACAAUGAGGAGAAACUUUUGGCUAUCCUGAAGAGGAUU